AUGGCAGGUUGUGGGAACCGACCUGUUCACAUGGAACUCACCAGAUUUCUCAUCAUUGUUGACUACUACAGCAGGUACUUUGAGAUGAAUAAACUUACCAGCUGCACGUCGUCCACAGUCAUCACAAAGUGCAAAGCGUCAUUCGCACGCUACGGCAUCCCGGACACUGUGGUCAGCGACAACGGGCCGUGCUACAGCUCCACCGAGUUCCGCCUCUUCGCAGACGAGUGGGACUUUAAGCACGUCACCUCAAGCCCGCGCUACCCACAAAGACAAGAGAAGGAGCCUGGGGUGGUGCUACCUACACUUUAUGAAGUUGAAGUGAUCGACCAAGAGAGUUCUUUAGGACCGAGAUGUCAGGCCCCUGGUUCUUCCCUCACUGGUGAAACUGUGGCAAAUCCACUUAUAUCAUCUGAAGGUUCAGCAGAUCACCUGGCUACGCGAGCUCCCGAAGUGAAAAAAGAGGACGUAAUCGAAGUUACCGUCGGGGAGACUGGAGAGGAGACACACACCACUGAUGUUUCUGAGUCACCGGAGACGUUCGGCAUUGAGGGACGCUACGCAUCAGGAACUUGGGAGCAAGCCACAGUGGAGGCCAUCAUGAGCUUGAGGUUGCUCGGCACCACAGUCACCACCACUCAGGUUGCUCAGACUAUAAUUGAGAAUCUCAAAGACGAGAACGACUUACUUCGUGUACAGAAUGCUAACAUGGAGGCAGAACUGAAGGCGAAGCAGUGGAUGCAUGAACAGGAAGUCUGUGAUCUCCAGGAGAGACUGGAGACGUUGGAACAGAAGUGUUCAUGUGGAACCAUGUCAGAAACUACAGACAUCGCCUCAGAGACGGCACUUUCAGAUGUCAUGGUUGCAGAGACAAAGACUGAGCCUGAUGUUUGUGAGUGGGACUUACAAGGAAAUAGCAUUUACUAAAAACAUUACAUGCUUUGUAUCACAUUUUGUUGUCAACACAGGAAUUAUUUGCAGUUCUAAUGCAGGAAAUAUUUUGUUCAGUAAAACACUACAGUUUCUUCAUGUACACUCACCCCAUUGCAUUUGAAGGAGUGAAUAAAUCAUUAGGACAUUCAGCCAAGCACAGUUUUUGCAUUG